GAUAAUCCAAGAUGGCGUCUCAUUCGCAAGGAAUUCAACAACUUUUAGCCGCUGAAAAGAAGGCUGCAGACUUAGUAGCAGAUGCUAGAAAGCGUAAAACUAAAAGACUGAAGCAAGCAAAAGAAGAGGCUGUAGAAGAAAUCAAUGCCUACAAAGCAGAGAGAGAAAAGCAAUUCCAAGAAUACAAAAUAGAGCAUAUGGGUUCUAAAGAUGAUUUCCAAGUUAAAAUUGAUGAAAACACUCAAGUUAAACUGACACAGAUGACAGAUAAUGUGAACAAAAACAAAGAAGCUGCUAUCAAAAGAAUCCUGGAGUUGGUGUACGACAUUCAACCUGAACUGCACCAAAAUUUCCGCAACUAAUAACAAUAUUCUUUAGAUUAUGAUUAUUAUAAUUGGUGAAGGUAUUCAAAUUGUAGGGGAUUUGUCAGGUUUUAUAAAUAAUAAUUUCUGUUAAAAUAUUAUAUGAAAUGCAAACACUGUAGAUCACUAUUUGAAGUUGCUUAUUUAACUUCAAAUAUUUCAAGAAAGCCAAGUGAACUACUAAGUUUUAACAGAUGAACUCCUGGAAGUGUCUGUUGAAUGUUUGUGGUUAAGAAGUUUUUUUUAAGUGCUUGUGAAGAGUUUUCUUUAAUUGAAAAAUAGAGUCAAUAGAACAAGAAUAACAGCUUGGUUAAGACCACUGGAUGUAGGCUUCAAAUUUUUCAAGUUAAAAAUCUAUUAUGCUAAUUUGAUGACAUUAUAGAUCUGAUGUGCUCUAGUAAUAGUUUUUUAAAUCCAAUUUUCUUUUAAAUUUAUCUUCAUAUUGAUUCUCUUUUCAAAAUGAAAUAAAAAAUUGCUUCAUAAUCACUAUAAAUUUUGCCAUUUUGAAUUGACUGGAAUAGAAAACCAAAUGUUUGACUAUUUAAGCUUACUUAUUCAGAAAAUUGUAUUCUGGAUUUUCAAUCAGUCAUUACUUGUAUGCAAAAUAUUACUAGGAAUGUUCAUGAUCUUAUGCUAGAGUCCUUACACUUAAAGGGACACUGUCAAUGGAUGACAUGCGCAGUAACAGUCUCACCUCUAACGGACUUUGAAAGUAUAACCUUCGAGGUAAAUCAUUUUGUGGUGCUUUUGACACACUUUGGAAUAUUC